GGGGAAGUGGGUGGGGCGAGAGCGAGCGGUUUGAUUGACAGUCGAGGCCUGCCGGGCGAGCGGGAAGGCAGUGACCGCACAUCAUGCGGCGGCGGAGGAACUCUGGUCAGAGCAGAGGAGAGCAGCCGCGUGACAAAAACCGCACCGUCGAGGCAACAUGUAGCUUGACCGAGCGAGGAGGACGAUAAAAGAGCACUUUCCUCGGGGGGAAAUAGUUGCCGGUUCGAUGCUCUGACCAACGAGGAGGAUCCCUUAAGGAAAAGGCAUCAUGACGUCCUCAUCGCUUCGGCGACAGAUGAAAAACAUUGUGAACAAUUACUCGGAGGCCGAGAUCAAAGUGCGGGAGGCCACCUCCAAUGAUCCCUGGGGGCCCUCCAGCUCACUGAUGGCCGAGAUCUCGGACCUGACAUACAACGUGGUGGCAUUCUCCGAGAUCAUGAGCAUGAUCUGGAAGCGGCUGAACGACCACGGCAAGAACUGGCGACACGUGUACAAAGCCCUGAUGCUCAUGGACUACCUGAUCAAGACGGGUUCGGAACGCGUGGCCCAACAGUGCAAGGAGAACAUCUUUGCCAUCCAGACACUCAAGGACUUUCAGUACAUCGACAGGGACGGAAGGGAUCAGGGCAUCAACGUGAGGGAGAAGUCCAAGCAGCUGAUCGCCCUGCUGAAAGAUGACGAGAGGUUGCGUGUGGAGCGCAGCCACGCGCUCAAGACGAAGGAGCGGAUGUCCAGCGUGACCACAGCGGUCGGCAGCAACAACCAGAUCAUGUUUGGCCGGGGUUCCAGCCACCCCAACCUGUCCACCAGCCAGUCAGACGAGUGCGGCAAAGUGGGCGGCUCGCCGGCCUCCUACCACGGCUCGACUUCCCCGAAGAUCUCCUCGGAGCUGGAGCAGACGAGGCCGCAGACGAGCGGGGAGGAGGAGCUGCAGCUACAGUUGGCGCUAGCCAUGAGCCGCGAGGAGGCCGAUCAGGUGCCCGCCCGAGGAGGGGGCAAUAUCGAGGGCUUGCCCAGGGAGCUGAUUUUCAAAGGUGCCCCCACUACCAGCCAGCAGAGGAGUGUCGCGUUGACACUGGGUGUGCAGGGGGACAGGCGACGCCGGGGAGAUGACUUACGGCUGCAGCUGGCGAUGGAGGAAAGCCGACAAAAACUACAGAUAUCCACAGCCGAGCCUCAGGGAGCGGAGCCUUCUCUGCUGGACCUGACGGACUCCUCGCCGUCUGCCCUGACACAGAAAGCCGACCCCUGGGGAACGCCCUUCCCAUCAGCAGCAGCAGCUCCGGCCGCCAAGCCUGACCCCUGGGCUGCCGUGUCCGGUCCGGCCCCCACCUCCGACCCUUGGAAGCAAAUGGCAGGCUCCAGGCUGGCCGCCGCCUCUGACCCAUGGGGAGCCGAACCCCAACAGAAGACCACCGACCCCUGGGCCUCGGUGACACCAGCCCCCAGUAGAGAUCCCUGGGCCCCGGCCUCUCCCACCUCAGUGGCCUCUCCUUUCCAAUUGUUCAGCGCGACGGACACCACGGUGACAGAUGACUUCUCAGCGUUCAGCGCUUUGAGAGGCUCCCCGAAGAAGCCGGAGGGUCAGGGAGCAGGUGGCAGAUUUGAGGCGUUAUCCGAUGGGCUGACCACUCCGCCCGGCCGCACUGCCAGCCCCGACAUGUUUGACAUGUCCCGCAUGUCCAGCAGCGUGGAGCCCACCCCUAAACACCAGCCGGCCUUGGCCGCACACAAAAACCCCGAAGCUUUCCUCGGGCCCAACGCCUCGCUCGUCAACCUGGACACCCUGGUCACCCGCACCCCACAGCCCAACCUCAACACUAACCCCUUCCUCGCACAGGGUGUGUCGGCCGCCACAGCCAACCCGUUCCACAGCUCGCAGCCCGCGGUACCCGCCUGUGGUGGGCCCGUGUCCCAGACCCCGUUCGGGCCGGUGGCUCCGGUCAGUGCCAGCCCCGCCCCCUUUGCGGGGGUGCCGGGGGGCGGGGGCCCGAUGAUGGUGGGCGGGGCCCAGGUGGUGGGUGGGCCGGUGAUGCCAAUGCCGCUGAGCUCUGCCAUGACAGGCCCCGCCUAUGUGGCCAUGGUGACCCCACCCCCUCCCACAGGACCGCCUCCCAGGUCCACCAAUCCCUUUUUAUUAUGA